AUGAGUGGAAUCGUAACCACUUGUCUGUCGUGCCUGUCGGCCGUCGACCGAUGGUGUCAUAUCACCGCCUGCCUGGGUGGAGGUCGAUCGCGAGAUGGCAUCUAUGAAACAACUCUCGCCGAUAACGAACGUGAAGCCGUCUCCGAUCUGCUGGGCUAUCUAGAGAACCGCAACGAAACCGAUUUCUUCACCGGAGAGCCUCUGCGAGCGCUGAGUACUUUGGUAUACUCCGAUAAUGUCGAUUUACAACGCAGUGCGAGCUUGACCUUCGCGGAGAUCACGGAGCGAGAUGUCCGUGAAGUCGACCGAGACACCCUAGAACCCAUUUUAUUCCUGCUCCAAAGCUCCGAUAUCGAGGUCCAACGAGCGGCCAGCGCGGCGCUGGGCAAUCUUGCCGUCAAUGCUGAUAACAAGGUCCUGAUUGUCUCCUUGGGAGGGCUGGCCCCUCUUAUCCGCCAAAUGAUGUCGCCCAAUGUGGAGGUACAGUGCAACGCGGUGGGAUGUAUCACGAAUUUGGCUACACACGAAGAAAACAAGGCCAAGAUCGCUCGCUCAGGCGCGCUGGGUCCUCUUAUCCGCUUAGCCAAGUCGAAGGAUAUGCGCGUUCAGCGCAAUGCCACGGGCGCUUUGCUGAACAUGACACAUUCCGAUGAUAACCGGCAGCAACUCGUCAACGCUGGUGCUAUUCCCGUCCUCGUUCAUCUUCUCUCCUCUCCCGAUGUCGACGUCCAAUACUACUGUACGACCGCCCUUAGCAAUAUCGCCGUUGACUCAACAAAUCGCAAGCGCCUAGCCCAAACCGAGUCUCGCUUAGUUCAAUCUCUGGUCCAUCUGAUGGACUCAUCCACGCCGAAGGUCCAGUGCCAAGCAGCACUGGCGCUGCGCAACCUUGCGUCCGACGAAAAAUACCAACUAGAAAUUGUUCGCGCCAAGGGCUUGUCACCACUUCUGCGCCUUCUCCAGUCCUCCUACCUUCCGUUGAUAUUAUCCGCCGUGGCUUGUAUUCGUAACAUCUCUAUUCACCCUCUCAACGAGUCCCCCAUCAUUGAGGCAGGCUUCCUGAAGCCUUUGGUGGACCUACUUGGUUCUACCGACAACGAAGAAAUCCAAUGCCACGCCAUCUCCACGCUGCGCAAUCUUGCCGCCAGCUCUGAUCGCAACAAAGAACUUGUCCUGCAGGCCGGCGCAGUUCAGAAAUGCAAGGACCUGGUUCUCCGGGUUCCGCUGACCGUCCAGUCUGAAAUGACUGCUGCGAUCGCCGUCCUCGCACUGAGUGAUGAGCUGAAGCCUCAUCUCCUCAGCCUCGGGGUGUUCGAUGUCUUGAUACCUCUCACCAACUCGGAAAGUAUUGAGGUUCAAGGAAACAGUGCAGCGGCCUUGGGCAAUCUCUCCUCGAAAGUUGGUGACUACUCGAUCUUCGUACGCGACUGGGCCGAUCCAAACGGAGGUAUCCAUGGCUACCUCCAACGCUUCCUCGCGAGCGGAGACCCAACUUUCCAGCACAUUGCCAUCUGGACACUCCUGCAACUACUCGAAUCCGAAGACAAAAAGCUUAUUGGUUAUAUCUCCAAAUCCGACGACAUUGUACAAAUGGUGAAAUCGAUCUCGGACAAAGACAUUGGAGCUGGCUCAGAUGAGGACGAGGGUGACGACGGUGGUGAGGGUGAGGUUAUUGCACUCUCACGGCGAUGCCUGGAGUUACUGGGGGGCUGGUCCUAA